GUCUAGGAGUGCUGCUGUUAUCUAUCCACACCGCAACCACUUCCGAUCACCUUCUCCACCCCCCACAUCUCUCCCCCACAUCUCCCCCCAAAGUCUUCCAACUUCAACUCCCUGCGAAACUGCCGGCACUGCUCGUCGGCCAUUGCUCCCUCUAGAUUUGAGGAGCGGUCAUUGCCUUUUCAUAGUCGUGUACAAGAUAACCGCCCCGCCACAAUCAGCUGAGUACUUCUCGUUGAGGAGAUGGCACCUCCUGCUGCCGCUAUGAGCCAUCAUAGAGCAGAAAAUGCGCAGCCUGUUUCCUCUUCAGGAAGCACUCUGAAUCCUCGGGCGAACCCGUAUCUGGCUGUGUCUUCCAUUUCUCAGCUGGCUCUUCUCACUCAACAGGAGGUUCAGCAGGCAGCCACGGCUUCGGGAAAUGGGGACCGGCCCGUUCAAUCGACCUUGACAAAUGGUGCUUCACGGCCUGCAUCUAUACGAACGGCGCCCUUGAGGGGAAAUCCGAUUUCGUCUAGGCGUGGUUAUCCAGGACCUCUGGGUAGAGGGAGUCCAACUAGAUCCAGGAAUAACGAUGAAUUCCAUCGUAGAUCUUAUAAUGAUCGCGCUCUGCCCAUGCUCACUUCGCUUCCUAGCCGAUCUGAAAUCCUUGCUCCCCGGCCCACUACACGAAACACGGGUGACCGUGGUGACGUAGGACGGGGCUAUCAUAACGGCAGAGAAAACAACCGCCCCAGUCACAGCAACUCCCACCCCACCCCAUAUACAGACCCAACUAACCACUCCUUAUCCGAGAACACAGUUUCCAUGGCGUCUGCCACCAACAUUCAGAACGGCAACAACACUCAUAGCUCCCGGGGCCUUCCUAUCCUGAUGCAAAACGACUGGAAGAAAACCGACGAGAUCUCUAUCGAAAUCUCGGGCAUUCCUCUUCCAUUGGAUUUGUACAAUCUUUAUGAUAUCUUCUCGGAAUACGGCGAAAUCGAGUACUUGAAGCUUUACCAUAACGAUUCAGGGGUCCCAGACGGCAAUGGAAGGAUUAGCCUUUCCAACGUUGAAAGGCCCUUUUGGGAAGAGCCCUUCCGUUAUAGUUUAGGGGUGCAAGGUCCUAAUGGCUCUUUAAAGCUCCGCCUAGACUCUCGCCGUAAUAAACAGAGGACGGUUCAAAGUCCUGUUGAUAGACAAAAGAGCUAUCCACAAAAAUAUUCCUUCAAGCUCGCUCUCCUCCAGUUCGGGAUAUUGCAUCAAGAGGAUAAAAUGGUGCCGAUGUUCACCACGACGGGUCAGGACGAGGCAAGUCUUGAUGUCGACCUCCACCGCCGGGAACUUGACAUUGUCUUCAAAAUAUGGUUGAAAAACGAUGCGAGUGCCCAGACUAAUCAGUCGCAAGAAGAGGUUGAAGGGGAUGUUAAUAAUUACGACGACGACGAUAGCAAUGCUCCCGAAAAUAAGCCGACCGAAAGAUUCGAGAGGUAUCGCUUUGGGGUUCCCUUUUCCCAUUUAGAGAAACUCGUCGAGGUGGAGACUUUAUCUGCUCCGGGUCGUGCAUUCCUGAUCGACCUCCCUUCGGCACCCCCCUUCUGGAGGAAACUCCACAAUCCACGCCUAUCUAUUGAUGAUCGCAUCAAGUACUGGACUUCCCGGAACGCUUGGUUCCGUCAAACGUCCAUCACGUUUGAUAAUAGCGCAAGAAAGGGUCUUCCAAUCUCCCUCGAGCAACGUGGCCAAACUAUAAACAUUGGCCGUUGGACUACCUACAGAUUUGAAGUAGGGACUAAGGAGGCCGGGUCUGAUGGUUUCAACGAGAUGAUUUCCGCGUUAAAGGAUUUUAACAUCAAGCUAGAUGUCCAAAAGGACUUCAAGACGCUAUCCGAGAAAUUUGAUCCUAUUUGGGAUUACAUACGCAUCAAGCGUAUUCAGUCCUCGGUUUCUUUUCUGGACCAGCUCCACCAGGCUUCAUCCCCUCUCCUUUCCUACCCGGUUCGCUACCAGCUUGAGGUUUGUAUUUCGCAUAAUUGCCUAAGCGAGUACAACAUCACUUGUGAAUUCAUUGACCGUCUAGCAGCGCUUCCUAAAGAAGCGGCUAUACCGCUGCUGGAACACAUCGCGGAGAGAAGAAUCCGUCAUUAUGACCCAAUGGAUAUCUUUACCAUUCAAGGGGUUACCAAGGGCACAAUUAACUUAAAGCUUCCUGAUCAUUGUCAACUCCUUAGAAAAGCCAAUGUAACCCCAUCGACUGUUUAUUUUACUACACCUACCGUUGAAAUUACCAAUCGGGUGGUAAGACAAUAUUCUGAGCACAUAGACAGGUUCCUGAGAGUCCAGUUCGUCGACGAAAAAUCUCAGGGCCGCAUAAAUUCUACCGACAAAAAGACCAUGCAUGAGGUCUUUACCCGUGUUAAGGCUGCCUUGGACCAUGGCAUAACUAUUGGCGAUCGAAAGUUUGAAUUUCUAGCUUUUGGCAAUUCGCAAAUACGUGAACACGGUGCAUAUUUCUUUGCCUCAGAUGAUCACCUUUCUGCGGCAGAUAUUAGAGCAUGGAUGGGAAGCUUCAGUGAGAUUAGGAUAGUUGCGAAACAUGCUGCAAGACUCGGCCAGUGCUUCUCUACCACCCGUGCGAUCAAUGGAGUACGAGUUGAUGUUCGCACUACUGAAGACAUUGUGAAUGCGGAAGGGUACAACUUCUCUGAUGGAGUUGGAAAGAUUUCUGAAUUUUUGGCGCGUUUGAUCACUACUGAGCUUCGUCUCAGGUUGGUCGACAAGGAGCCUGUACCCUCAUGUUUUCAGUUUCGUCUUGGAGGCCGCAAGGGCGUCUUGGCAGUUAGCCCGGACGCCAACCAUCGCGAAGUCUACAUCCGGCCUAGUCAGCUCAAAUUCGAGGCCAGACAUAACAUUCUAGAGGUUAUACGCUGGUCCAAGUUUGCGACUGCCGCCCUCAAUCGACAAUUGAUCAUCGUACUAACCAGUCUGGGUGCUCCUGACCACUAUUUCGAAGACAAGCUUCAAUUUAUGCUGAAAUCCUAUGAGGUAGCGAUGGUUGAUCCGGGGGUUGCGGUUAGGCUACUCUGCAGAAACGUCGACCCCAACGAAUCCACAUUGGCCAUUGCGGCUAUGAUCCGUGCAGGAUUCAUGGAUCGACGGGAACCAUUUGUCAUGUCUCUGUUGAAGCUUUGGCGAGCAUGGACCAUCAAAUACCUAAAGGAGAAGGCGAAAAUAAUGAUAGAGGAGGGUGCGUUUGUGCUCGGGGUAGUCGAUGAGACUGGGACCCUUGACGGCUACUAUUAUUCCCAAGAUGAAGGCUCCACGGAGGACGCAGACAACCCGGAGACCUCACUCCCUCAAAUCUUUCUACAGGUCACCGACCCAGACCGGCCUGGGGAAUCCCGGAUAAUUGAGGGGCCAUGUGUGAUUGCACGAAACCCUUCUCUUCACCCUGGUGAUGUCCGCAAGGUCAUGGCUGUCAACGCCAAAGAGCUACACCAUUUGCGUAAUGUCGUCGUGUUUUCACAGAAGGGGGAUCGAGAUUUGCCCAAUAUGCUCUCUGGAGGUGACCUGGACGGGGACGAUUACAUUAUAAUAUGGGACAAAAAACUCACCUCAUGUGUAAACAACUACGAGCCAAUGAACUAUUCAGCGCAGACACCGAGAGAACUGGCGCGUGAUGUUGAGAUUGGCGAUAUUACCAAAUUUUUUGUCAACUAUAUGAAGAAUGACAAACUAGGUACUAUAGCUAAUGCUCAUCUUGCAUGGGCGGAUAAGCGGGAUGAAGGAGUGAAGUCUGACGAAUGCUUUCGACUCGCAAUCCUCCACUCUCAUGCGGUCGACUAUGUGAAGUCGGGGGAGCCAGCUAUCAUGCCCCCCGAACUCCGCCGAAAGACAUUCCCUCACUUCAUGGAGAAGAAACCUGAGGAAACCUAUCGUUCUGACAAGAUCCUGGGGGUCUUGUACGACUCCGUGUCGAAAAUCGAUUUCGUUCCUGCCUUGGAACUGGAAUUUGAUGAUCGCAUUCUCAAUGCAUAUACUCUUAACGAGGAAAUACUUGAGGUUGCACGCGCAAUCAAGAUUCGAUACGAUGCGGCAAUGCGCCGCAUAAUGGCCCAACACGAUAUCCAUACCGAGUUCGAGGUCAUAUCUAUAUUUAUCAUGCAUCAUUCGAUGGCAACCAAGGAUUACAAAUUCCACGAAGACAUUGCUAGCGUUUGCAAUGGUUUGAAGGAUACCUUCAAGAAGAUCAUAUACGAAGUUGUCGCCAGCAAAGAUGAUAUCAUUAUGGGCCCCUUUAUCGCAGCCAUGUAUUUUGUGACGCACCAGGAAAUGGCGAAGGCGAAGAAGAAAUUUUUUGCCGCAAAAGCCAAGAAAGCGGCAAUGAGGGCAGCCAAGAGGGCCAGCGGGAAUGAGAAGGCACAAAGGGAAGGAAACAUCCCCUCAUGUACGAAGGAUUUGGAAGAACUGGCAGAAUUCACCAUUGAGGAAGCCAGAAAUAUGCCACUAAUUUCAUUCCCCUGGCUCUUUGGCAGAACUUUGGGUGGGAUUGCGAACCGAGAGUAUCCGUUCGCGAAACUAGACGGCAGCCCGGUAAACUUCAAACAGGCCGCCGCUGUCACUGACGAACUCGAAGGUCGCAUGGGCAAAAAGGAGAAGUAUGCCACCUACCAUCAUGGCAUCUACGACGAUGCAGUCGCUGCCACCACCCCAAUAAUCCGGGGGAACGAAACCGACACACCCGACAACCUUUGGAACGGAGAGAGCAGUUUGGGGAUCUCCCAACGCGGAACCAAUCCUGAGGAUGUCACUACCACCACCACCGACAAGAUCAUCCCCACCUCCCCCGAUAGCAACACCGGAUACGACGGCGGAGAAGCUAACCUCAUCUAGAAGUCAAAACUGGUAGAGGUGAGGUAGGAAGCUGCACAUUCGUUCACUUGCGAACUCUUUCAAAAAAAAAAAAAAAAAA